AUGACUACUGAGUUUGAAAUGAGUUUAAUUGGUGACCUUACCUUCUUUCUAGGACUCGAAAUAAAACAACUAGAUCAUGGCACAUUCAUUUCACAGUCCAAAUAUGUCAAGUCUAUGUUAGAUAAGUUUGGAUUCUCUCAGGUCAAGCAUGCACAUACACCAAUAGGCACCACAUCCAAAUUGUCACGAGAUGAGUCUGGUGACCCUAUAGACCCCACUCUAUACAGAAGUAUGAUAGGUGGCUUACUAUAUCUCACAGCGAGUCAUCCUGAUAUAUCCUUUAGUGUAGGUUUAUGUGCCAGGUAUCAAGCUAAUCCUAAACAGUCUCAUCUCUCUGCAGUCAAAAGAAUUUUCAAAUAUCUAGCUGGGACAGUUAACUGUGGUCUUUGGUAUAGUUGUGACACGAAUACCUCUUUGGUAGGAUAUAGUGACUCUGAUUGGGCAGGGUGUAUAGAUGAUAGGAAAAGCACUUCAGGGCGUUGCUUUUACAUUGGGAAUAACCUAGUCUCGUGGUAUAGCAAGAAACAACAAUCCAUCUCCCUUUCCACUGCAGAAGCAGAAUAUAUUGCAGCUGGCAGCUGCUGCACUCAAUUAAUAUGGCUGAAUAAAAUGCUUAUUGAUUAUGGAUAUCCUCAACACACACUGACCAUCUUUUAUGACAGUACAAGCGCCAUAAACAUCUCUAAGAACCCUGUGCAGCACUCUCGGACUAAACACAUCGACAUCAGUUCUUCAGCAAUGGGUUAUUCUGUCUUUCCCCAUCUACUAUAUGCUACUUUGAUUGAUACUACGCUUGAAUCUACCCCAGUCAAAAAGGCUACCUCUUCCAGAUGCAAUGGGAAGAGCUCUCUUACACCUUUUUCUAAUAAGUAG